AUGGCAGCAGACACUAAACAGUGGGUCAGCAUAUAUUUGCCCUAUAUUGAUUCUGCAAGGACAGUUGCUCAAGGAAGAAGAGUUAGCAAAGCGAUUGCUGUUGAAAAUCCAGCAUUGCCUGAAAUAUCAGAAGUUCUGCAGUUCUUGAAGCUUCAUCACUCAAUUGAAAACAAAGCAUAUCCGAGAGACAUCCUUUCAAGAGGAAGAAUAAAAGUGCAGCUGAAACUUGAUGGAAACCUUAUGAAUCCUGAAAUUUCGACCAAAAAACAAUUAUUAGUGAAAUUGUGCGAAUUUAUUCCUAGACUGAAAUCAAGGCUUAAUAAAGAAGAAGCGAAAGAAACAUCUACGAGCAAUAAAAAGAAUAAAAAGAAGAAAAAGAAAUAA